AAGGGUCCCGUGCUGAACAGUGUGUGUGUGUGUCAGGUUUCAUUCUGAGAGAGACUCGAGCGCGCAGCAGCCAGUAACACAAACCCGUCAGAUGGCACGACUGAAGCACACGGACUCCCACUAGAGCAGAGGAUUUCUCAACACUUAUGGGACUCCAUGCACUUGAAUGAGCAGCAUGCCUCUGUUGAGGACGUUUUGAAGACUGAUAUUUUCACGUGAAGAGCGGUUUAAUUGUCUGAAAAGAGAACUUUAAUCCGUUUAUUUGAGCACCCCGUUCAGCGUGAUAAAGUGCUGGAUAAACAUCAAAUUGCCUACAUAAGUCUCACAGACAUGGAGGACAUGAAAAUGCGAAUAUCACCUGAGUUCAGUCAGGAGAGGACCUGCGUUCAGCAUCCUUGCCAAAAGCGCCUUCUGACGAACUGGAAGGACAUGUGUGGAAUCUGCGUGUGUUUGAUCUCGUUCGGAGUUUGUGUGUUGCUCUACCUGAGGACGUCAGAUCUGCAGUCCAGGGUGCUCAGUUUGGAAAAGGACAGAGAUCCUCGUAUCUCCGGUUGGAUCUCUGUGGAACAGGUGGAGCCCGUCCUGUGGAGUCGACUGGAUCAGAUAUUAGAGGAGAAAUUAGCAGCACGUCUUCCGAAGAUCCGGGCGGCUCGGGAUGCACCUCAUAACUGCAUCUGUCCACCAGGACCUCCCGGUUUGAGGGGAAAGAAAGGCCGGGAUGGGGCUUCAGGUCCUCCUGGUCCACCUGGACGAGCAGGCUUUCCGGGAGACAAAGGAUCAAUGGGCAUUCCUGGAAGAAUGGGCUUAAAGGGAAACCUGGGGGAGAAGGGAGCACCAGGAGAGCCAGGUCUUUCUAUCAUUGGCCCACGAGGACCUCCUGGACAACCCGGUACUAGAGGAUUUCCAGGCUUUCCGGGCCCCAUUGGCUUGGACGGGAAACAUGGACAGAAUGGUCCAAAGGGUGACGCGGGUCCUCGUGGUCCUAAAGGAGUACCAGGUGAACCUGGUCCAAAAGGAGAGAAGGGUGUAUGUGGUGACUACACUCACAGGCAGAUGUUGCCCAUCACCGUCCGCAACAUGCCCUCAAUAAGCCCUCUAAUCCUAAAGCGCCUCAAGCAGGGUGAGCCCGGAGCCCAAGGACCACCGGGACCUCCUGGCCCCCCGGGGCCUCCAGGGACUCCUGGAAUAACUGGUGCUAGUGGGCCCAUGGGAAAACCCGGAGAACCUGGAAAACCUGGAAAAGACCCAAAGAUGCUACCGGGGCUGAAGGGUGAACCUGGUGUACCUGGACAAAAGGGUGAUCGUGGUGAAGCCGGUCCAAGUGGACCUGAAGGCUCCAAGGGAAUUAAAGGAGACGAAGGAAUUAAGGGUGAACCAGGGAUGAAUGGGCAAAGAGGAGAGAAGGGGGAAAAGGGAGAGCCUGGUUUCCCAGGUGCCCCUGGACGAAAGGGUCAGGCAGGUGUUUCUGGUAUCCCUGGAAAACGGGGCUACAAGGGAGAGAAAGGCGAGCCUAGUACUGCAGGAACUGGCAUUAAAGGAGAACCCGGUGCUCCGGGAAAAGAUGGGCCCAAGGGUGAGAAAGGUGAUGAAGGCAUAAAGGGUGAUCCUGGCCAGGAAGGCCCGACUGGACCAAGGGGUCCAACUGGGGAGCCAGGAAAAACUUUGAUCAACAACAAUGAAAAUGAUAUUCGCAAUGUGCAUUUAAUGGGCCCUCCCGGUCUACCUGGACCUCCAGGGCUUCCUGGCACCCCCGGUUUGAAGGGUGAUGUAGGACUUCCAGGUCCCCCUGGUCUUGAUGGAGAAAAGGGUCCAAGAGGAAAGCCAGGAGAACAGGGACCCAUCGGCCCUCCUGGACCUGAGGGACCACGGGGAGAAGGAGGACUCAUGGGCUUGCCUGGGAAAAAAGGAGACAAGGGAGACAUGGGCCCCUCAGGAUCACCUGGUUUAGAUGGCCCUACUGGAGAAAAAGGGGUUUCAGGGCCCACUGGUCAUAUUGGAUUGCCAGGCCCAAUGGGUCAAAAAGGUGAGCCUGGGGAGAAAGGAGAUAAAGCAGAGCUGGUCUAUGGGCCUGCUGGACCUCCAGGACCUGCAGGGCCAGUUGGGCCAAUGGGACCUCCAGGUUUGUCAGGACCAAAGGGAGAGCCAGGUAUAGGCCUGAGAGGAGAAAAGGGAUCACCUGCACAGAAAGGAGAGAAAGGAGACAGGGGCCAUCUUGGACUCCCUGGGGCUCAUGGUUUAGACGGCAGACCUGGUCCAGUGGGUCUGAUAGGACCAGCUGGAGUGCCUGGGCCUGCAGGACCAAAAGGAGAAAUGGGGGAAAAGGGUGAUACGGGAGUAGCUGGACCAAUUGGGCCUCAAGGCAUCCCUGGUUUAGUAGGACCACCAGGAUUAAAAGGAAACCGGGGGGAGAGGGGCAAGAAAGGCAACAGGGGGGCCAAAGGGGAUAAGGGAGACCAAGGAGCCCCAGGAUUAGAUGCCCCGUGUCCGUUGGGUGAUGAUGGUUUGCCAGUACCAGGGUGUUGGAAUAAAGGUCAGAAUCCGUUCCAGCUAGCCAAGAAGUAACCCUGUAGUGAAACCCACAAGCUUCUGGAUCGGGUUUCCUUCAUAAGCAACACAAAAACUUGAAGAGAUUUUGGGAGAUCUUUUAAGAUUGGCCUGCUCUUUGGUGGAUGUUGGAAGGAUUUAGUUUCCUGUAUAACCAUCCAGUCGUAUGGAGAGACUCCAGAGAGCAGCAGAUGUGAUCAGACUGACACUGACUGGACUACACAAAAGACGAUAAUGCAGAAGAAGUAGCCUGUCGUUUCUCCAAGAUUUUACACCUUUUUCUUCCUCUUCUAUAUUAUUCACUAUGUGAAAGAAACAUUUUAGCACAUUUCGUUCCUUGUUGAUGACGAUGUUGAAGAAUGUUUGUGAUCCGAGUAUCCAGCGCAGCUCGUUGAACAUGCAGAUGUGGUCUGAGUGUUCUUGUGUUUCCAGACAAACCAAAGACUAAAUCUUUGAUGAUUCCUGAUUCAAACUAUCACUUGCCUUCUGUUGAGAAUUGCAGGUAGAAUGCAUCCUCACACUUCACUCAUAGUACACUUUUAUUCUCGUAGUUUAAUAUUAAUAUUAAGCCUAGAUGGAUGUACAUAACCAUCAUGCUUUGCAUUAAGCAUACGGUACAUGUAUUACAUUCAUACAGCAAUGUUGUUGUGCUUGUACAUAGAAGAAUGUUAUACUUUUGAAAAUGAACAUAAAAUCAGUUAUACAGCUAAAAACAAAGUAAACAUGAGUGGAAAUGCCAAUUUGAAACACCAACUAUUACCACAAUCCUUCUACAUGUUACUUUGCAAAACAGUAAAAAAAAAAAAAAAAAUGUAAUAGCUGUUUGCAGCUGGGCAUUUGAUGGUGUUGCAACAUGCAUGCAACAUUUCACUGCUGUAAACAUAGAUGUCAGUGCCCACUCCAUCUGUAUAUUUUGCCAACUCUUUAAAAAUGCAAAUAACAACAGUUUGUUUGGGUAAAUCUACUCUAACAGAACGGUUGUACUUUUUUCUGAAUAUUUUGGGGCAGCUAAAGCAACAAAUUUAAACCAGCAGUGACACAUUAGAUGUUUAAUUUACCAUCAGUUCCGCAGAUGUUGGACCUUCAGAUAUACUAUGCCUACGUAUGAUUAGAGUAAACUUCUUUUUUGACAUGAAAACUAUUUUGGUUGUCCAAUAUGCAACUUGUUACCAGAACCACAGAAUAUACAGUACCGCUAUGGGAUAACAUCGCAUUAACAAUAACAGCGUUUGUGAGGGGAAAUAUUCUUUAAUCUGGAUUUAAAGAACAAUUUUAUGCAGUUUCAUAUUUACCAGCAGCUAUGUUUUGUUUUUCUUUUUUCUAUUUCUUUUUUAAACCUAAUGCAAGCAUUCCGUAUGUUGUAUUUUGACAAAGACAAAGAUUGGUUUUAUAUAAACCCACUGUAAAUGUAUAUCCAGAUAACAACAUAAUUAUUGAAUUAAAUGAGAUUGCAAUCAUUCAAACCUGAAACACACCUAUUUUUUCAUUAGUAUCUUGUUUUCAUUGUCAUCUGAAAUUAAUAUUGAGAGAUAAAAUCAAUGUUAAAAUGUGUUUAUUUGAAACAUUGAUUAUUGGAUUAUACUUAACUGAGAAUCCACUUUUAUUUGUUCUGAAGACAUUCAAUUGUAUGAUAUGUGUAAAAAAAACAAAAAAGUAAGCAUUACACACCUAUAAUUGAGGUUUUCAGUAGCUUAUUGGGGCUAUUUUCACCGUUUAAGAGACUUGACUAUAUGAUAUUUUGGAGAUUUUGCAAGCUCUUGAUUAAUUUUAGGAUCUUUAGAUCACAAAUCAUCAGUACAAUAUUUUUAAGAGUUGGUUUCGGGCUGUAAAUCAUGCUGAUUUAUGGCUGUAAAGCCCCUCUAAUUGCAACCUUUAUUUUUAAGUUUGUUGAUAUCUGUACAUUUACAAACAUGCUAGUAGUUUUAUGCUAGUAGGUAAAGAAGGUGAGCGUGAUUUCACCAAGUACAACAUGUUCCUGGAUCAACAUCCUUGUAUAUAUAACCUUUCAGGAAAUAUCUGUUUUAGGCUUACAAUCAGGGUUAGGUGCUUCUUCACCCUUGUUAAUCAGCUAUCAUUUCCCACUGAUUUUAGGAAAAAUUAUGGGUAGGGGUUAGGUUAAGGGGUAGGAAUUGGGUUAAGUCUAUAUUUUGGACACUAAUGUUGAUCCAGGAUCAUCAAAAGAUGUUGAUCCAGGAACAUGUCUUACUUGGCAAAAUCACGGCGACCGGUACAGAAUGAUUAAUAUUUGCAACAAAUUUCAGAUUGUAAUAAUAACUAAAGAAAAAAAAAAAAAAAAAGAGAAAUACUUAAUCAUUCAGUAUCUCUGAAUGAUUGUAUACUCACAUGAUGCUCAAUUUUGCAAUGCUCAGAAAACGGGAUGAAUCAGAUUUUAUGCACUCUGUAUUAUAUAUAUUUGACUGCUUUUUUGACAAUAGGGCAUGUUAUAAAGUGUUUUUCAUUUUAUUGUGCACGAGGCAUAGUUUCUUUUUUUCUCAGUAUAAUUUUGCACAUUGAAGUGUGUGUGACUUUUUUCCAAGUUUUGAACGAGAAUAUAAUAUUUGUACUGUACAUCAUGCGUUUUCUACACAUUUCCCUUUUUACAAAGAUUGUAAUCUUGUAUUGUCCUUUGUAUGGUGAACUCUUCAAAUAACGUGUCGCUCAAAAAUAUACUAACUUGAUUCAUAUCUGCGACACAACAUGGUAGAAACAGUUCACCUAAAAAUUAAAGUUAGUUGAAUUUUUCAAGAUGUAUUGAGUUUAUUUCCUUAGUAGAAUAGAUCUGGAGAAAUUCAGCAUUGCAUCACUUGUUCACCAAUGGAUGCUCUGCAGUGAAUGGGUGCCGUCAGAAUAGGAGUCAGAACAGCUGAUAAGAAAAAUGUCCUCAAAAUCUGUUCUGAUGAAGAAACAAACUCAUUUACAUAUUGGAUGACCUGAUGGUGAGUACAUUUUCAGCUAAUUUUCAUUUUUGGGUGAACUAUUCCUUUAAAUAGUCACCUCUCCAGAUAAUCUUUUGAUCCUGCUUUUUUAUUUUGUAAGACAUUUAUGUAAAACAAGGAUAAUAUAUUUGUUUGAAUAAUCAGUUUUCUCCCACAUUAUAAAUUGCCCUUUAAUGAGGAGCACACUCUCAAAACUCCUGUGAAGUUCAGCUAGGAACAUUAACCACUUGUCAGUUAUGGUUUUUGAUGCCAGUUUAUUCUUGGAUUAUUCUGAUCUCUGCAUAACACACUGCCUAAGUGAGCACUGCUGUCUCUUAUAAGAACUUCAGUCUUUGUUCACCUGCUGCUCACAAAUACAUUUUUCCUUUACAUUUUUCAUCAAGUGUGUUUCAUACCGAGAACAAAUAUAUUAUCAAACAUUAUGUGAUAUGUUUGAUACUGUUGUUGUUGCUGUUGCUGUUGUACGUAAUUGAAAAUGGAUAAGAGGGCAUUUAUUUCUGUGUUUUUACAGGAAGUGCAUAUGCAAGAUUAAUUGCAUCCACUUGCAUGGUUAUUAUGCAACUUCUUGUAUACAUUUACAUUUAAAAUGGCAGUCUGACUAACAUGUUACUGUCGGUUUGACUAAAGGUUGAUUUUAGGGUUAUGUUUUUCUUUUAUUUCCAUCUUUCCUUCUUUAAACUCUUCAAAAUCAAGCAUUGAAUAAAUGUGCAAAAGUU